CUGCUGCGUGCAAUUAAAUGGGGCAUUUGACUGGGUGGGGAGGAGGGGGCAUGUGUAGAAGAGGCUAAUAUUGUAGGCGCUGGAUUUUGUUUUCCUUCUCUGAAUUUACAAGUUUUUCAGUCGGAACAGAUAAUUCAGGGAAGUGAACACAAUUGGUACUGAAAACCCUGGGGAAAUCAACAUCCCGUGGAAACCUUACUCUGUCUUGUUAGGGCCAAACGCUACCAACCAUGUCUAUAGUCUCUGUUGGACGUUCAAGUGUGGCUCUGGAUCCAAAUGACACCGAUCUUAACUUCAGGGAUAGAGAUUCCUCUCGGCAAAUGGGUGAUGUGUUUACGAUUCCUUCCUUGAAGUCUGAGUCAGGAACAGACACAAAACCAGUAACUCCAAGUGAUAAGGAAGGAGUGUUGGAUAGAAACCCUUUUAAAAUCCCUUCAGACAUUGAUAUCUUCUCAUUGAGAGACAAGCAGAAGGAAAAAGCAAGAUUAGAGCGAGAACGAAGGAAGACACUGAAGGUCCAUGAGAAGAUGACCUGCUCCACUACAAUUGGUGCAAAACAAUCUGGGUUCAAAAGACAAAUCCAGAUGGAAGAGGAAGCUGAAGACAAAGAGUUUGCAGCAGAAGCAGAACGUCUGAAAGCCCUCCGGGAAAGCAUCUCAUGGAAGAUAGCUGUCACUAAAGACCAGGCAGUAGAAAGAGAAACCAUAUAUGACUACAUCUAUCAGAAGCGGCAAAUGUUCCUGCUGCAGUAUUCUGUAACUGUAAAGAAAGAUGAAAUUCAAAGGCUUGACAAGUUGGCGAUGGAAGAGGAGGCCAAGUUGGAAAAGAGCGAGGAAAUCCUAGAAAGAGAUGCUGGCCUGUUUGAUGAGUUCCUGAAAGAGAAUGACAGAAACUCUGCACAGGCCCUGAAAAUCGCUGAGAAAGAAACCAAAGCCAAGUUGGAGAAGAUACUUGAAAUCCGGGAACUGACAGCCCAAAUGAUGAAUAUCCAGAGUGAAAUAGCCAGAUUUGAAGACACUUUGAAUGAAUACAUGGUAUUCAAGAACUUCCUCUUCCAGCUGUCCCCAAAAGAGUGGCAAGAGAACUAUGAAAGAAAGCGGCAGAAAGAAAAAAUUGUGAAAGUUACUUCCGCUCUUAAAGAUGAAAAACCUACCCACACAACAUCCAUUGUAAGCCAAGGCCGUGAUCACCAAAGCAGGAGCAGAUAUAGAUCCUCACGUUCCAGUUUUGAACAGUUAUCAGACACUUCAAGGAAUCCAAGCCUAAAUCCACCAAGGAAAGAGUCUGUCAAAAUAAGCCGAAUAUUCUCUCGGCAAAACUUAAAAUCCCAGCAUAGCAGAAAAACGAGUACCUCAAAUACAACAGAAGAAAAGGAAACUCCCAACCUGUUUGAUGAGGAGGAGGAUGAGGAGCACCCUGAGAUAUACUUUACUGAUCCACACCAGUUGCUAAAUCUUUUCACUGAGCUUGAGGAGCAGAAUCUGUCUCUAAUUCAGAAUUCACAGGAGACAGAGGAAACUCUAGAUGAACUUCGGCAUACUUUGAGUAAUACUCGCAAUAAAAUGGACAAGGAGAUUGAGCAGUUACAGCAACUUGCAGCCACACUUCAGGCCAACAUUAUUAAAGAGGAAGAGAUGGCAGCAGACCUAGAACUCAAAGCACGAGUCUUUUCCUUUGGGGAAUACAAAGCAGAGGUUCAGGACAAAAUGCUUGUGAGCUUGCAUAAGAAAGUGCUGGAAGUCUAUCGACGCUGCAUUGGAGAAAACGAGGCAAAUCUUGGAACCCUACAGAUGCUAACUGUUAUAGAGCAUCAACUGGACGACUUGCUAGAGUGUCUCGAGAGAGUCCCUCAAGCAAGAAUAGAACAAGCUGAGAAAGCCAAGGAAAAAGAACGAAGGAUAAGGCUGAGAGAAGAAAAGAUAAGACAGCAGAGAAUACUGCAGGAAGAGAGAAUUCAGCGAGCAUUGGAAAGGGCUCGAGCUGAAGUUAAGAGAAAGACUGGCCGAAGACUGGUGUUCCGCUCUGAGCCCCCAGCCUUCAAGGAGAAAGAAGAUGAGGAUUUGGCAAUGAUUGACAAGGAAAAGGAAGAACUGCUGUACUACUUUACUUAGCAACUUGACAAAAGGGCCUGAAGUGUUGCAGUGAGCAUGAAGACUGUUUACAAUUAGAAACUGCUCAGAGAAGUGGGUUGGGGUUUUUUUAGUCACCUGUAUUAAAUAAAUGUUUUUUAAAAGGUAA